AUGGUCCUUUUCAAGCAAAUUCAGAUUCUGUUGCUGUUGCUCUUCUCUUUGAACAUUGCAGCUCUGCCAGGUCGAGAGCUGAGUGGUAUUAUCCGAUCCGAUAAAAGAGAACUGCUCCAGGAUUUAGUAACGUGGGAUGAGCACUCUCUGUUUGUCCAUGGGGAACGGAUCUUCUUCUAUUCUGGCGAAUUCCACCCAUUCAGGCUCCCAAGUCCCCCUCUCUGGCGAGAUGUCUUCCAAAAGGUUCGAGCUCUAGGAUACAAUGGCGUGUCUUUCUACGUCGAUUGGGCACUCCUGGAGGGUAAUCCUGGGCACUUUACGGCACAGGGAGUCUUUGCAUUCGAGCCAUUCUUCGAGGCGGCAACUGAAGCAGGAAUUUAUCUACUCGCUCGUCCUGGGCCGUACGUAAAUGCCGAAAUCUCUGGUGGUGGAUUUCCUGGCUGGCUGGCCCGCAAUCCGGCUAUUUUGAGGACGAACGAGUCGGCAUACAUUGACGCCACACAUACCUACGUCUCAAAUAUCGGCGCCAUCAUUGCUAAGGCUCAGAUCACCAACGGUGGUCCGAUCAUCCUGUUCCAGCCCGAAAACGAGUAUACGUAUGGCGCCACCAACGUCCUCUUUCCGGACAUUGGGUAUCAAGAAACAGUGUUGCAGCAGUACAGGGACGCAGGGGUUGUGGUCCCUUUCAUCAAUAACGAAGCUUGGUACAAAGCAGCCUUGUGGGUGCCUGGGACUACAGGAGGUGUUGAUAUAUACGCUCAUGACUUGUAUCCGAUGAGUUUCGACUGUUCGCAGCCGUCUAACUGGUCUUCCGCCCAAAUAUAUGGAGACCUCCGUACAGCUCAUCUUGACAUCAGUCCAAACACGCCUUUCGCCAUUGCCGAAUUUCAAGGCGGCGCGCCUGAGUACUGGGGUGGUACGCUUUAUGAUCAAUGCGCUGCAUUGGUUGGCCCAGAAGCCGAGCGUGUAUUUCAGAAGAACAACUUCGCGGCUGGAAUGACCAUCUUCAACAUUUACAUGACGUAUGGAGGCACCAACUGGGGAAAUCUGGGACAGCCCGGUGGGCCCACCUCGUACGAUUACGGUGCAGCCAUCAAAGAGGAUCGCACAGUCUGGCGCGAAAAGUACAGUGAAGCAAAGCUGGAAGCGCAAUUCUUCGCAGUUUCGCCGGCUUAUCUCACCGCAAAUGCUGCUAACUCGACCGAGGCCGGUAUAGUCAGCAGUACGGACGUGGUAGCCACUCCGCUCUACGGCAACAAGACGAAUUUCUACGUGGUGCGACACGCGGAUUUCAAGUCUUCUGCGGCUACCAUGUAUAAUCUCACGGCGAAAACGAGUAUUGGGGUCGUCACCAUUCCUCGACUGGGCGGCUCGUUAAUGCUUAACGGGAGGGAUUCAAAGAUUCAUGUGACUGACUACGACGUUGGGGGAAUCAACCUGAUCUACUCCAGUGCUGAGGUUUUCACCUGGCAGAAGAGCGGCUCAAAGUCCGUGCUCGUACUUUACGGUGGUGCUGGCGAGACACAUGAGUUCGCGGUGUCUUCUUCGCUGGGUGGUAUUACUUCCGUCGAAGGCACUGACGUCGAGCAUGAGAGAGUGAACGGCACGACCAUUGUCAACUUCCAAGUCGGGCCGGCCAGGCGCGUCAUACACUUUGGUAAGAAGCUUGACGUCUACCUCCUAUGGCGCAACGAUGCAUACAACUACUGGGUGCCGUACGCCGGGUCACCUACCGCCACAAGCAACACUGAGGGAUAUGCCAAACCUUCUCUGAUCGUAGCAGGCGGCUACCUGCUUCGCCACGCUUCCAUUACGAGUAGCUGUAUCUCGCUUUACGGAGACAUAAAUGCCACGACGACUUUCGAGAUCAUUGCGGGCCACCCUGCAGGAAGGCCCGAAGUUCUGUUCAAUGACGAGGCCGUUGCAAAUGUAAAGUAUGCAAACGGCCGCAUCUCUGCCACGGUACCGUUCAUCGUACCUGCAAUUAGCGUGCCGGACUUCUCCAACCUCGAGUGGCACUACUUGGACACACUGCCAGAAAUUAAGCCCGAUUACGAUGACUCGAAAUGGAAUGUUGCGAAUCUCACCAAGACGUACAAUACGUUAUUGAAUAGCACGACUCCCACCUCGCUGUUCUCCCAGGAUUACGGUUACGAAGUGGGGACUCUGCUCUACCGAGGGCAUUUCACCGCGACUGGUGCGGAAUCGACCUUUAAUGUCUCCACUCAAGGUGGAGGCGGUUAUGCGCAUGCAAUAUGGCUAUCCUCGCCACGAGGCGGCUUCGGGUCGAAAUUUUUGGGUGCCUACGUCGGCUAUGGAGGUUCCGCAGAUAACCAAACUGUAAUCCUCCCUCCCUUGGAUAAGGGCAAGCGCUACACAUUUACCAUCGUCAUCGAGCACAUGGGCUCUGAGGGCAACUGGACGCCCGGACUCGAUCUCUUGAAAACGCCUCGCGGCAUUUUGAACUAUACUCUUUCUGGGCACCCGGCGUCGGACGUCUCCUGGAAGCUCACGGGUAACCUUGGCGGCGAGCAAUACCAGGACCAAACCCGUGGUCCUCUGAACGAAGGUGGACUAUACGCUGAACGUCAAGGCUACCACCAGCCCCAUCCGCCAACCUCUAUACCCCAAUGGAAGGUUGCUUCGCCCCUCACUGGCAUCUCGUCCGCAGGAAUCGGGUUCUAUACGACAAGCUUCAAUCUAAACGUACCCGUGGGCUACGAUGUCCCCAUGAGCUUUGUGUUCAACCAGACUGCAUCUUCGGAUAGCAUUCCCAACUCACACUACUACCGUUGCCAGCUGUAUGUCAACGGGUAUCAGUUUGGUAUCUACAUCAACAACCUCGGCCCCCAGACGGCCUUUCCCGUGCCACAAGGCGUUCUGAACUACCAGGGUGAGAACACGGUUGCGCUGACGCUAUGGGCUCUCGAAGCGCAGGGGGCGCACGUUAGCAGCUUCGCCCUGCAGGUUAAUGAUGUGGUGCAGUCAACGGGUUACUUUGACCUGAGCCCUGCUCUGUACCCGCCGCAACCGGCGUGGCAGAAGCGUGUCGGGGCUUACUGA